AUGUUGGAUUGUGGGGGGACACUUACUGCCCCCUAUGGUGAAAUCAUGUCUCCUGGAUAUCCCGAUUCCUAUCCUCCCAACAGCAACUGCCAGUGGAUAAUCGAGUCUCCGACAGACAAGAAGAUUUUGCUCGUAUUCUACGAUUUCCAUCUGGAGUAUACUGUGGGCUGCUUUCCUGGGGAUUUUCUGACUGUCUCUGACCCCGUGGUUGAUCCACAAAUAUUUUGCGGUGACAAUCCUCCAUGUCUAGUGGAAUCAAUCGGAAACAGCCUGUCCAUCUCCUUCUUCUCCAAUUCUGAUGACGAUCAAGAAGGAUAUCGAUUCCAUUUAGCCUACACCACUAUUUCUUCAUCCAAUUCGUCCAUAUGCGAUGAAGGUUGGGAAGAAUUCGGUUCGCAUUGUUACUUCUUCUCGGAGGAGGAAAUGGAAUUCGAAGAAGCCCAAAUGGACUGCGAGGCGAGGAAUGCCAACCUAACAAGCAUUCAUUCAAGGGAAGAACAAUUAUUCGUAAAGGGGCAUUCAAAGACACCGACCGUUUGGAUCGGAGCUAUUAAGACUGGAUCCCUGAAGGAUGAUCCCUUUGCCUUUAGAUUUGUCGAUGGCACUCCCAGCGAUUAUCAUAAUAUGUGGCCCUGGGUAGACUCGCUUCUUGACACCUGCAGUGGUUCCUUUGGCGCUUGUGUGAUUCAGUUGUUGCCAGAUCGGUGGGAGAACCGUGACUGUUUAGAAACUAGACCAGUUAUCUGCGUCGCAGACUUGGGGCAUGGUGAGGACUGGAUAUGCUACGACGGCCCAUUUUACGAAGGCUGCUACCACAUCUCGACCGUAUCCUACACUUUUGAUGCAGGCAGGUCUUACUGCCAGUCAUUCCCUGGAGCCGAUAUUGUUCACAUCGCUGCUACACAUAAUCAUACGCUUCUUGCGCAGGCGUUCCAAUACUACGAUUUUUUCCCACAUCCCCUUCCAAAGUGGAAUGAGUUUUGGAUUGGACUGAGGCUUGAUUUGUCAGGGAAUUGGACGUGGGUGGACGGUUCAUCAUUUAACGUAGACCGAUGGGAGGAGGGGUAUCCUGUUGUCGACGGUGGCGAUUGCGUUGUAAUGACGACAUCCUCCUGGGACGAUCUUUCAAGACAUGAUCCUGGAUCUUAUGUCUGCAAGAAGUCACACAUAAGGGCAAACGGUCAAGUGAAAUCUCAAUCCCAGAGUCAGACCAAGUGGAUCACGGCAUACGUUCUCAAUAAACAACAGGGAUUCAAUCUGCCCUAUACCUUGACGGUCAUCGAUACGGGCAUCAAAGCGGACGAAGCGUUGAAGAACCAGAUUCGCGAAUUUUUCUCCCACGGUGGGAACAUCGGCGUGGAUCAACUCGAUGGGAUCUGCUUCGUCGUCCAAGCCUCCUUGGCCAGGCUCACACCCACGCAGAAGUACAUCUUCGAUUCCAUCUUGGCAGUUUUUGGGAACGAUGUCGUGGAGAACAUCUUCGUUCCCAUCACGUUUGCAGACAGCCAGGCCCCGCCUGUCAUUUGCGCAAUCGACGAUGCGGGCAUUCCCUAUAAGAAAUCGUUCAAGUUCAACAAUUCCGCUCUCUUUGUGAAACGGUGGGUCGAACGCGCAAACGAGGAAUUCGACAAGUUCUUCUGGAACAUGGGUUUCACCAGCUUCAAAAAUUUCUUCCAGACCUUCCAGACCACCAAACCCGUGAGCCUCACCCUGACAAAGGAAGUUCUGAAAGAACGGCAACGCUUGGAGGCUGCCAUCCAAGGAAUCCAACCGCAAAUCACCGCAGCAUUGGGAAGGUUGGAGCAGCUACUGCAAGAAUAUGCAGCAUUGAAGCAGCACGAAGCAGAAAAUCUCGCCAACAAGGAUUUCCAGUACAGGGUGGUCUCAAAGCAGAAGAAAGUGCAAUUGGAACCUAAUGAGUACAUGACAAACUGCCUGGUAUGCCACUUCACUUGCCAUUAUCCCUGCUUCAUACCCAAGGACGAGGAAAAGGAUCAAUGCAAUGCGAUGGACGAAACGGGUUCGUAUUGUACAGUCUGUCCUAACAGCUGUCCACCGGCGGAGUACGUGUAUGCCGAUUAUCGUUUGGAAUGGUACCAGGAAGAUGAAUACAGAACGUACGAUAACUUGCAGGAGAUCGUGAAGGAACUCAUCAAGGACUUCAACAAAGAGAGGGUUCACGUUCUGGACCUCACGACAAAAGCGCACGAAUGUCUGCAGAAACUCCAGAAAAUAGCUUUGAAGCCCGAUCCACUGGGGGUGACGGAAUACAUCGAUCUCAUAAUCGAGGCCGAAAAACGGGAUGCUGCACCCGGCUACCUCCAACGGAUCACUUACCUCGAAGACGCACGUCGCAAAGCGGAUUUGGUCGAGAAGCUCAGGGGCGAUUUCGAUCCGUUUGAAACGUACAUGAAGGAAUUCGAGCGAGAAGGCUUGGGUAUAUCUUGCUUCGAUCCUCAAGACGCUGGAACUCAAUCCGCGAGCCAGGGGCAGGGUUUCUUCAAUAACCUGGCUAAAGGAAUAAAGAAUACCCUUGACAUCGGUGGCAAGAAGUAG